GAUGGGCGAAGCUGCAGCUACUAAAUUGAAGAAGAUAGAGAACGCCUUUGAGCCUGGAGAUCCUGUGUUGGUUCUAGCCGCCGUGGGGAAAGAUGCGCCAGCGCCGCCUAACUCGCAGCACUGGGUCCUACGGGACGAACAGACUAAGAUCGACAGGAUUAUCAAUGGAUCUGAUCAAGGCCAUUAUCAUUUAAUUAUGGGCGAAAAAGGCUGCGGCAAGAGUAGUAUGUUGUUGGAGGCCAUGAGAAAGAUAGAUGGGGAAGGAUGUGCUAUGUUCGAGGCCCAUGCCGAUUUAGAGAUCUUCCGAAUUCGAUUAGGAAAGGCGCUUGAUUAUGAAUUUCACGAGGAUUACAUUGGCGGAUAUUUCAGUGAACGUGGGCCGAGGGAAUCAACUGCAUUGCUAGAUAUCGAGAGGGCGAUGAAUAAGUUGGAGAAAGUGGCGCUGCUACACCGUGCGAAAACGAAGAGACCCUUACUCCUUAUCAUCAACCAGACUCAUCUUAUUCGAGACGACGAAGACGGAAAAGAUUUGAUCGAAUUACUUCAGCAACGAGCAGAGCAAUGGGCUUCUGCGAACCUCGUCACAAUGAUCUUUAGUAGUGAUGAUUUCUGGGUGUACGAAAAGCUGCAGAGGCUAGCCACUAGCCGAAUGGAAGUCAUGUCAAUUGGAGACUUACCGAAAGCGCAAGCCAUAACAGCGCUACAGAGAUAUCGCCAACGUUAUUUCCGCGAGGAGGUAGAGAAAUCCGUACUUGAGCAGGUUUACGAUCAGGUCGGAGGUCGGCUCUCGUUUUUGAAUCGGGUAGCCAAGUCCCACGACAUGCUCGCGACAUGCGAUCGCAUUAAGGAGAUCGAAAAGACAUGGUUCCUCAAUCAGUGUUGGAUUCUAGGGUCAGAAAUGGACGAUGACGUGAUGGAUCAGCAAAAAUGGGCUUCAGCUGCUAUGGUUCUCGCUUUAGCCCUUGUGGACAGGGAAGAGGAGAUGGAAAGGACGUACGACCCGGAGACAGGACACGUUUUACCUUGCUACCCGAUGCACAAGGCCCAAGAAAUCAUGACCAGAGCCGAUUUUAUUCGAGAUUUCGACCGAUUAAACCUCUUCACGAUAACGAGCAAAUCCCAAGUCCGUGCGAGCUCGGUACCGAUGCACCGUGCCUUUAAGGAAAUAUGCGCCGAGCCUGGAUUCCGAGAAUUCCUUGAGGAUACUUUAGAACGUAUCGCUGCGAUUGAAAGCUUAGGUCGUACGAGGGAAUUGGUCGCGAAGGACCUAGUUUUGGGUGGAAAGUACCGGAUUUCACAACCCGUGAGCUGGGACGGCAGGCUCGAGGUUAAGCUUGACGAAGGCAAAAAGAAGUAGGAACAGAUAUUACCCAAUAACUACGCCUAGGGUAAGAUGGAGUAUGCAGAUGUGGACGACGAUAUGACUUACCAGCUGCCAGGCCAGCCUUCCUUUUGUUGAUGAUAGAUCCUGUAUAUUGUACCAUAUUGUAUCAUAUCACUAUUACUAGACUUGCGCAUAGAUUUUUCUUACUACAAAUAAUCCAAAAUUCCUUCGUUA